GCGAUUUGUAAUACUCUAGCUGACUGAUUGCGGACUGAGUCCUAUAAAGAGUCGAACAAGACAACUCGCCAGCUCUUCCCCAUCCAAGUUCAACCUUACUACGUCUUCUAGCCUAAAGCAGACACGAUGCCCGUCGCCACGUCCCAGUUCGUUAACGCCGAGUUGCACUUCCUCUCCCCCACUCUGAAGGAGAAGCCUUACACCACCUCGACCUCUGGGGACACGAACGUGGUUGUGGAGGACCACGACGUGCUGAUCACUGAUCUGCGCUCCCUGUCCGAGAGUGAGCUCGCAGGCUUCAAGACCGACACGAGUGGUUUCCAAUGGGUGAAGGAUCAGAGUGGUCUCAAAGGCGACGACUUCUUCGAUGAGGAGAAAAUUAAGAACGAGUACUACCCAGAGAUUGAUUCGUUCUUGAAGAAGACUCUCGGCGCCCGCCGGACUUUCAUCUUCGACCACACCGUGCGCCGCGGCCCUGAGCCUGGAGAGAAGGUCGAAUUCGGACGUGAUCCGUCUCGUCGUGGUCCCGUCACUCGCGCACAUGUCGACCAGUCUCCCAAAGCGGGUGCCGAACGUGUUUUGCUCCACCUGGGGGAGGACGCUGAGAGACUUAGUAAGGGACGCGCGCAGAUCGUCAAUGUCUGGCGUCCGAUUCGUGGGCCGGUCCAAGACUACCCGCUCACCGUCGCCGAUUAUCGGUCGAUCAACAGCGAGACUGAUCUCCAACCGACGGACCUCAUCUAUCCCAAUCGACGGGGCGAAACCCUCUCCGUUCGCUUCGGCGGCCACCAGAAGUGGUACUACAUCUCCGACCAGCAGCCAGAUGAUGUCCUUCUCCUGAAGUGCUACGAGUCUGAGGUGAAGGAAGGUCGCGCGCUGCUUACACCGCAUUCGGCAUUCCAGAACCCGAAUGCGAUUGGGAAGGAUGUCCUGCCUAGGCAGAGCAUUGAGGUUCGCGUCCUUGUCUUCUAUACCGAGUAAAGGGAUGUGUCCACACCC